UGGUUUCAAAAGGUGAAGAGAAGCUGGGAAGUAGGAAGGAGGAAGCAUUUUUUGCUGCAGGUCUGAGAAAGGGCAGGCUGGCAUGGAGAAAGAGAAGUUCCAGCAGAAGGCUCUGAAGCAAACUAAGCAGAAGAAAUCCAAGUCGGCUGAAUUUCUGAUGGUAAAAGAAGAGAGAGCAGCAACAGAAGGCAUUGAAAAUCCAGCUUUUAACAUCAGCAGCACAGAUCUUUCAGCCUAUCAGCCUUCAGAAGAGAAAGUUAUUAGACAUGACAAGCCAGAUAGCACCCUUGCAGCUCACCAACAAAAACUCGGGCUGCAAGCCCAUGCUGAACCAAGAGGAAAUGAAUACAGCAGAAAUUACUUUGACCCAUUGAUGGGUGAGGAAAUAAACCCAAGGCAGUGUGGGAUGGAGGUCAGUGAGGAAGAUCCUGUGAAAUUUGAUGAGCAAAUCCUUUACUCUAAACUGAUGAAGCUUCUAGAUGAAGAAAACAAGAUGCUGGACUUCCAAGCCCGCGUUGUCAGUGAAGAUUUUCCGGACGCUGUAACGCCUGUCAGCUCCAGUAAGGCAUGUGACCUUCACAGGGAGCUUGAAGAUGAAGAGAUUCCUUCAUAUAUCGAACAGUUUGAGAGAGAUGUUCAGAAUGACAUAAUUCUGCUUGGCAGCUUUUCACUGGAACAGCACAAGGGAGCUUCUCACCACAAGAAACAAAAGUGGAGAGCCAGGAUUCAUGAACUCUUUCAAAGAGUAGGAAAUCAGCUACUGAAAACAGAGCAGAGUGGAAUUGAAGAAGAAAUGGUAGCUAGCUUUGGUAACCUUACAGAUGUGAAUACUGGAUUAAAUGGAGCAGCAGGACCUCGUGGGAAGGUUGACUGCUCCAAGAUGCCACAGCCACUAGAAAUUCACCUCAGAUGCCUGAGGGGAGUCAAAGAUAAGGUCCCUAAAGGCCUCUACAGUCUCAAAGUUUCUGUCCUCAGCCGCUUAGGUGGUGCCUUGGUGGAGUGGCCUGAACUGGAGGAGCAGCCUCAGGCCAGGAUGACACGGCCUGUUAGUCAUGGUGGAAACUUCUACAACACUGAAAUCUACUUUGGACAAAGUAUCCAGACAGUUCUACCAGAUAGAAAAGCUGUGAAACUAGGCAUGGUACUCCUCUUUGAACUCUUCCUUCUUCGUGGCACCUAUACCUGGAUUGAUCGAGAAGUGGGAUGGGGAGCUUUUCCCUUAUGUGAUAGCAAUCUUAAUGCUUUGGAGGGAAAAUUUAAAUGUCCCUUCCUCAGAGGACAUUAUGACUCCAGAAUUGACCGAUUCAAAAAAAUUGAAAAUUUUAUUUCUCAGGACUUGGAUCAUUGGUUAUGCAAUCUCUACUUUCAGAUAAUUAAACUACCACAGGAUUCAGAUAAGUGGAAUAAGCAUGGUAUGCAUGUUCAUCUGCCACCUGAACUUCUUAUGUAUUCAAGCACUGCUGAAAAGAAUGGUGUCUCAGAAAGUGUUGUACAGUCUGGACCACAAGGGCAACCUCUGACCUCCCCAAAAGAUCCUGACACCCAUAAGGGAAGUAUUCCCACUGUUGUAAAGGAAGUGGAAAAGCAGUUUAAUGCUGCGAAAGGAGGAGAAGCGUGUGUGUCAGAAGAAGCUGUGAGGAAAAGAGAAGAGCUUAAAAUGCUUCCAGCAGAGGAUUACCAAGAUUGCCGUGGCAAUGCAGACAAGCACUGUGGCUCGUUUUGGCUGAAGGAGGUCCAAGAAGGACAUCACAAGGUCAGCAGGAAUAACCCACCUGACCAAUGCUGCGAAUUAAAAUCGGGUUCAGAGAACAAUGCAAGCCAAGAAGAAGGGAAAACAUCUGAAGAGAGCAAUUUUUAUUUGGAAGACUUGGAGAAAUAUACAUUUUCUGUGUGCUGCCGCUCUGCUGCUGCUGCUGAUGUGAAGCUGUCCAGGCAGGUUGUGGAGAGUUUCCAUUUCGUGGUGUACACGGCCUUUUCAGAGCUGGGAGCCACACGCUGGCGCUCCAGGGACUUCUGGCUGCUUGCACUGCUGGUGGUUGUGCUUUGGUUCCUGAGACUUUACCUGCAUUAUUUGAGCCAGUGGCUCUUCCUUUGGACCAUCUCAGUUCCUGUUGCAAAAUUCCAGCUCUUCCCUCACACUGUGGAACUCUGCUACCAGAACUCCUUGCUGCACACCAGUGAAGAGUUGGCCAUGGUUGUGGUGGGACCCCUAACCUUGAACGCAGGGCUGCUUCUCAUGGUCCUCAUCAGAUGGGGCUGUCAGCAGCUGUUUGACUCAUUCCCUCCCUUCUUGUCAAAGUUUAUCAUAGCUAUGGGACUAUGGACAGUGCUGGACCCCUUGGCAGUGUUUGUAGUGGAUUCAUUCCUGGGGCGAUUUGGGAACAGCGUAGAGAAACCCAUUGCUGAUGCUGCAAAACUCUCCUGGGUGUUUCUAAGAGCUGGGGAGUCAGGAGUUCCUGGUGCCUUAAUCACAGUGAUGCUUUAUAUCAUCCUGUUCAUGAUCUCAUCCACAUUGUUGUACCUGUAUUUUUUAAGGCUACAUAGCGAAGGUUGGCUGUUGGAUGUAUUUCGACGCAUCCAUGCUGAGGAAGGCACAUUCUUUGUUCCACUGGACUUGGAGAUUUCCAUCCAGGAGCUGAGCUACAUUAUAAAGAGGGCUGAGCAGUGGAGAGGAAUCAAUGGUGAAAGACGGAUGGUGGCAGUGUCUGAUUACAUCUGGAAGGACCUCGCCAGCCAGCCGGGUGGCUCCAGCUGUGACCUCCAGCGCCAGCAUGAAAUGCCCCACGCCGCAGCCAUCUGGGAAGGCAGCACCACUGUCCACGUCUGUGUCUACACGGUUCACCUCAGCGGCUUCCAGGAGCUCCACAGGCGCUUCCUCAGGCUGCCUGAUGGGGCUAUCAUCGAGGCAUUUGGUGAUGUUGGUGAGGAAAGCCUUUUGUGUAAAGUGAGCACAGACCAGGAGCGUAAAAGGGAAAAGUACAGUGUGCUGAGUGCAUCUACAUGUAUCAAGCUGAGGGAGAGGAAAAAGAGUACAGCAAGGUGGAAAGGAAAUCGCAUUGUCCCUGACAAGAGCUAGUUUCUGCAGUAACACAUGGCCUGUGGAGUUGUUUACAUCGUGAUCCACAUCCAUGGUAUGGCUACUGUCUGAUGGGAUUUAUGUUUCUGAUGGCUGCAUUUCUGCCCAUGCAGCGUUGUCCUGCGAAUGCUCCCUUUGUAGCUCUUCUGUGGCUUCAACAAGCUGUGCAGUGUGGUGAAUUCACAGGAUCAGAUCACAGACUGGAUCAUGAAAACAUAAUUAUUUCAUGUGACUUUUUCUCCCUUCACAGUUGUGGGACAUUGCUAGAUUUCUCAGGUUUGCUUGUUUCUCCUUUUUCAGCUUUGCUUGUGCAUGUUAGCUGCAGUGGAGAAAAUGUUGCUGAUUUGUCUUUCAGGUUUCAUGACUAAAACAUUAACAAUUUUCAGUAAUUAUUCCAAGUGCAAUGCUAUUGUAAUUGCAAGACUGUGACAACACCCAGAAGAGGAGCAAUGAUGACUUCAUCCACCAGUUAGCCAAAUCCCAACAUGCUGCAAAACUUAAAAGAUCCGAGAAACCAUUUUUUCUGAAGCAUUUGUGGUGGCCAUAUCCUGCUUUCCUGUGAGCUACAGCAGCUUAAAGCAUCCUGGAGUUUAUGUUCAUGCUUUCUUAGAAGUAUUGAAGUUAGAACCCGUCAGUUCUCUUUAGUUAGAACCAGUCAGUGCAUAUUCUAUUUGCCUCCAUACAAAUGUUUCAGAAAUUGUCCAUGCCUCAAAGGCAAGAACUAUGAGAGACAACAGAAGAGAGUGGGAAGGGAAACACAGGCAAGAAAGAUGAAAUAAUUUGUGCAAGGCCAUCUAAGUCAGAGACAAAUAGGAGAAAUACAGGGCAAACUGCCAGCAUCCUGAUUCAGUCUUCCCUUUUUGUCCUGAAAAUGAAGCUAGAAACUGGAAGAAACUUACCUUACUGCUAUUUUGAAUAGUUUAUGUAGAAUUCUGUAGUCAAGGUAGUAAUCAGUGACAUUUUUUUAGCAUGUUAUGAUUUUCUGGUGUCUCCUUGUUCACACUGAUAUGGUAAAAGUUUUUUCAGAUGCAUUUAUCUUUGUAAGAUCUUACUCAGUAUUUUGAGCAUCAUUGAUUAAUAGCACUACUUAAAUCUAUAGUUCUCAUCCACCUGCAUAAACAUUAAAUUACAUUAGGUAGUAACCUAAAGGUUUAAAUGUCACUUCUGAGCACAGUUUUAGUUUGGGAAUACAAGGUUUGGUUUCCACCUUGUUACUUGUUUUUUUUUUUUCUUUUUUUUCCAGUUUAUUUGUGUGGGUGUGCAUAUGUCUAUGGAUAUUUUAUGGCUUAUGCCCAGGCAGAAAUGGUGUUAAAAAACUUCUGAAUAUCUACAAGAAUUGAUGUGUUUUUUGUGGCUUUUUUUUUGCAUAAGAUAUUACUUGGAUUACUUCUCUCUGUCAUAACUGGAAUAAAAUUGCCUUUUAAUGUUUGCUUUGCCUGUUGACACUUUAAACUUUUCUACAUAACUUUGGAAAAGAAACUAGCUGAAGAGAAACCAUCCAGUAACCUAUUGCAGUUUCUGGGUGACAGUACCAAGAUGCUUUGGGCAGUAUCUUACUAUGUGCAUCUUCCUGGCCUCGGUUUUGCCUUUCAGCAUGACUGACUAUAAUGGUAAAAUCCCUUUGGCCAGUAUUAUACCCUGAGUUUCUCACCACUGAGUUAAGAUAUCCCAGUCUGGUUCUGUGAGAUUUUAACUUCAGUGUUCUUAAUACAGUGUUGGAAUUUAGUCUGAUGGUGGACUGACUUUAUGUGUGGAACCACCAUAGCUUAAGUUCUGAUAGGACUGUGUUGAUUUUUCUGACAAAUGUGGAUCUAGUACUGAAACUUUGUUCAGCAUGAAGGACUUGACUGACCACUUUUAUUCCUCCAGUUAUAUUGGAAUGUCUCCACUGACUUUCAUUUGAUAUAGGUUGUACAAUUCUGUACAUUACAUAUUUGUGAAAGUUGAAUUUAAGGUAUGUUUAAAUAUUAGACAAAUUUACCUUAUUUUUUUAAUGUAGCAUCCUACCUAUUAAUUUUGUUUUGAUUACUUGCAUCUUAUGAGUUUCCAUGUUUGUUGGUCAAUGUGCAGUGGGUGGCGUUGGCUUUGAAAUUGUUUUCUGAAGUGCUCUUAUCAGCCGCAUCAUCCAUAAUGCUCAGUUGUAGUUGGAUAGUAAUUGCCUGUCUUUGCAGUGUUCCUUUGCAACAAUUUUCUCCUGUGUAGCUAUAUAUAUGUAGUCAUUACUGAAAAGUGUAAAUAAAGAAUCCUUUUAGUGGUGUAGUUUCCCUGGGUACCUACUGUGCUCUUAUUAUCUAAAACAUACUCCCCAUCUGUAGUUCUGUUCUAUUAAAGGAUAAAGACAUAACUAUGAAUUAAAAAUUAAAAUGCUUGUUGUAGAUUGGAGAGCAGGAUCUAUUAGAAUAUAUCUGGUGCUAGGCUUCCAGUACAGUAGAUAGAUUACACUGAGCACCAGUUAAGCAAGGGGAUGAAAAAUGAGUGAUUUUCAUCAUUCAGUUAAAUAUAGUGCUAAGUGGUAUGUGCUAGCAUUAAAAGCAAAUUACUUAGCACUUCACCAAUCACAGCAUGAGAGCAUUCCAUUGGAAACAGUAUUUUCAGUGAUGCUCAGUCCUCAGUUUUAUUAAA